AUGGACCGCUUCGAUACCUCCAAGGACCCCCGCUUCAAGCGGGCGCCCAGGAAUGUGCGCCGAGUCCAGGUGGACAGCCGCUUCGCGCGGAUGUUCCAAGACCGGCAGUUCGUGGAGGGGCCGAAGGUGGACGCGCGAGGCCAAAGGCUGCGGAAGGACGCCAGCAAGCGGAAGCUGCAGGAGUUCUACGAGCUGGCGGGAGUGGAAGGAGUGAAGGCUCCAGAAGAGGAGCCCGAGGAAGGUGAAGAGGAGCCGGAGGAGGAUGAGCUGGAAGAAGAGGAGGAGGAAGAAGAGGAAGAGGACGAGGAGGACGCCAAAGUGAGCUCCGCCUGGGAGACCACGCAGGACGUGCCCCAGGGGGACGCCAGCAGCCGACUGGCUGUGAUGGGCUGCGACUGGGACCACGUCUCGGCCGGGGACUUGAUGGUGAUGUUCCGGACCUACCUCAGCACCGCGCGCUCGAAGAACCAAGCGGGCAACGUCCUGAAGAUCAGCGUGUUCCCCUCGGACUACGGCAAGCAGCAGCUGGAGCGGGAGGCGAGAGAGGGCCCACUUCUUCCUGCUGGGCGAGAGGUCGAAGAGGACGAAGCAGCACAGCAAGACGCUCUGAGGCGCUACCAGAUGGACAGAACCAAGUACUACUGGGCAAUGGUGGAGUGCGACUCUGCGUCCACUGCCUCGUGGCUCUACGACCAGAUGGAUGGCUUGGAAGCAGAUGGCGUCUGCCCUGGGACCCUGGAUCUACGCUUCGUGCCGGAGGGCCUCGAGCUGCCCCACGAGCCAAUCGGCAUGGCCACGGAGGUCCCGAAGAAGUUCGCGGGGCCGGCGCAGCUGCGGUCCGCCACAGGCCACACCAAGGUGAAGUGCACCUGGGACGAGGCCCCCGCCCAGCGUCGGAAGGACCUCAUGCGGAAGCGCUUCACCCAACAGGAGCUUGCAGAGAUGGACUUGCAGGCCUACCUGGCCUCCAGCUCCGAGGAGGAGGCGGAGGUCAAGGGCAAGCAGACGCGAGCGCAGGAGCUGAAGGCGCUGGUGGCGUGCUCCGAGGACGAGGGCGACGAGGGCGGCGCGGGCGGCGCGGGCGAGGGCGGCAGCGAGGGCUCCGGCAGCGAGAGCGACUUUGGGACGCGCAAGAAGCAGCCGGAGGGGGACAUGGAGGCGACCUUCAGCAUGACGGCCACCAGAUUGGAGGAGGAGCUCUCAGCGAAGAGUGGCGGCGUGCACAGCCUGCAGAAGGAGUCGCAGAGCGCCUGGGAGAAAUACCUGGAGAAGCGCAAGCAGAAGAGGAAGGAGACCCGGCAGAAGGUGAAGGAUGAGAGGGAGAAGCAGAAGGCCAAGGGCGACGACUUUAAGCCCAGAGAGGAAGAGGAGCCCGAGGAUUUGGCGGUCCUCAUGGACGAGUCCAAGGACCGGGGCUUCAAUUUGCGGGGCCCGCAGCGCCGGGCCCACGACAAGGGCACGGUAGUUGAGGAAGGGGACAACUUCCAGAUGGACGUUCAGGACCAGCGCAUCUCCAAGGUCUUCCAGAGCGCGGACUUCGAGAUCGACCCCACCAACCCGGAGUUCCGGAAGAGCGACGGCAUGUUGGAGGUGCUCAAGGAGAAGCGCCGCCGGAAGGCCAAGGUGCCGAAGGCGACGCCGGAUCCGGCGCCGGAGGUAAGGCAGUCCAGGGCAAAGGCGCCGGAGGGAAGAAAGGCCAAGGCGAGUGGGGAAGGGUUGCAGAUCUUUGCCUCUCAAAAGAGAGCUCUGUCCGAAAAGGAGAGAUCAGGCCAGGCCAAAGCUGCGCCGGCCAAGAAGGGCAAGAAGUGUGAAGAAUGUUGGAGUGAGGGUCUCAGUUGUGCCUCGUCCAGCACGCCCCGGGCUUGCCAGAACCAUGACCUGAAGCCGAAUAGCCGGAAGCCGCAGACGCUGACAUUUGGGCCCGGGGGAUCCACCGACUCCUUCCACAAGUUGAAGGUUCCCAGACUGAACCUGGCCCUUGUGGACAAGCUCCGCGACCCUUUCCAUCGAUACGACAUGUCGUACAGGUCUCCGAGCCACGAGGAGCGGAACGUCAUGCGGGAGAGCGCGCGCAACACUUACCGGCCGGCCAUCGCGCCAGCCUGGCUAAAGCACGACCGGCAAGUGCUGAAGUUUCUCGCUUACUCCCAAGAACCAGUAUACGAUUGUCCGAAAGAAACUUUUCGGAUACGCUGCUGCGUCAUCUACUUCUACCUGGAAGAUGGAACCAUAAUGGUGUCUGAGCCCAAGCUAGAGAACUCCGGCAUGCCACAAGGCACCUUCGUGAAGCGGCACCGGGUGCCGAAGCCCCGGUGCCUGGGCGGCGGCGUCUACGGCUUCGAGGACCUCCAGGUCGGGGAUACGGUGAGUAUUUACUCCCGACUCUUCAAGCUGGUUGCCUGCGACGAGUUCACUCGGAGGUUCUACUAUGAGGCCAUGGGCAUCAUGAUGCCAGAGGAUGAGGAGCCGCCGCUGGAUUCCUUCCGCGCGGCGGAUCUGCAGCAGGAGGAUCCCGUGUCGUUGGCCACUCGAAGCGCCAGCCUGGCUGAGAGCAAGGAGUACCAUCAUCUAUCUGCUGGCGGCAACCGCAAGAACGCUAAGCUGGAGCAGUACUUGGACAACGACCGCAGAGUCUUGCGCUUCGACUGCUUUUGGGAUGACGCCACCAAGUAUGGCACGCGCUUGUACUACACGCUGCACUACUACCUGGCAGAUGACACGGCCGAGAUUCUGGAAAACAUGUCGAGGAACUCUGGGCGCGAUCCAUACCCCACCUUUUGGCGACGGUCUCCGCUCUGCAAGCAUCCGAACAUCACGGCUACGCCGGGAAUGACCGAGCCGGACGAGCGGAUCGUCUACAAGCCGCACGAUUUGGUCGUGGGACAGACUGUGGACGUCUUGGGCCGCGAGAUCUACCUCUACGACUGUGACGCAUUCACGCGAGACUUCUACCGGGAGUACUUGGGCUUUGAGCAGGGCUCCAUUUCCAUCCGCAAGCCCCGACUGGUCCACGUGAAGCUGAAGCACCCGCCCCACACGGGCUUCGGCUCGGAAGAGGACUCUCUGGCGAGCUGCCUGCGCUUGACGCCGCGGCCACCACAAAGGGACAUGAAAAGACUGAUCGCUGAUGCGGACAAGGUCAUACGCUUUGAAGCUGUGCUGGCCAAUGGCGUUCCUCAGGAUUCAAAGCGAAAGUUUGUGGUGGCAGUGUUCUUGGCAGACGAUAGCAUUGGCGUCUGGGAGCUGAAAACCCGGAACUCCGGGCACAACGAGGGGAAGUUCGCCAACCGGGCGAGGAGGAAGAACCCGGGGACCGGCACGUGGUUUCGCAAGCAGGACUUCUUUGUUGGAGCACUCAUUGAGGUGAACGGGUCCCCGUUCAAGCUCACUUGGGCGGAUGAUGCCGCCUUCAGCCGAAUGGAGAAGAAUCCCGCUCAACAUCCUUGCGCGGAUGCCGAGAUAGUACUCUCCAAGAUCCGGCCCUUGCAGGAGGAGUUGCCCAAGGAGGGCCUGAUGGGCUGGAAGGAGAUGCAAAGUCGACAGGAGCUGAGCCUUCAGCUGGUGGAUCACGAAGCCAUUGCCUUGGCCAGAGCUUACGGGCAGUACGAGGGCACAGAGCGCCGUGCCGUGAUUGACAUGCAGAAGCUGCAUGCAGCAAUGUGA